AUGCCUAAGAGGAAGGUCAGCUCCGCGGAAGGGGCCGCCAAGGAAGAGCCCAAGAGGAGAUCGGCGCGGUUGUCUGCUAAACCUGCUCCUGCAAAAGUGGAAGCGAAGCCGAAAAAGGCAGCAGCAAAGGAUAAAUCUUCAGACAAAAAAGUGCAAACAAAAGGGAAAAGGGGAGCAAAGGGAAAACAGGCCGAAGUGGCUAACCAAGAAACUAAAGAACAUUUACCUGCAGUAAACAGGGAAAAGAAAACUGAGGAGAGUCCAGCUUCUGAUGAGGCAGGAGAGAAAGAAGCCAAGUCUGAAUAA